UGCUCUGUUUUUUUGUUACAGCUUAGCAGUAACAUGGCGACUGUGUUGCCUCAGAUGCCAGGUUGUAAUCUAACGAUAGAGUCGACCACUGCAGGCCAGCUCAUGCUUAGGGUGAACGGAGUUCUCCAUGAUGUGAAAUGUAAAGAUCCACUGAUGUCACUGGCUGACUACCUGCGCACCAUCCUGCAGCAUUGUGGAACGAAGCUGAUGUGUCGUGAAGGUGGAUGUGGAUGCUGCGUGGUGGUGGUUGAAUAUGAUGACCCCUUGAGACCUGAGAAAAGAAUAGAGUCAAUUAACUCGUGUUUGUGCCCGAUUGGAUCCUUGCUGUCACUAAAGAACCAUAAUGUCACCACUAUAGAGGCACUGGGGUCUGUGAAGAAGGGUUUACACCCAAUCCAGCAGCGUCUGGCUGAUUACAAUGGAAGCCAGUGUGGAUAUUGCAGUCCAGGUUUUGUCAUGCAGAUGUACGGGCUUUUGAAGAAUGACCCAAAUCCUAGUUUGCAGGAAGUGGAGGAUAACUUUGAUGGCAAUGUCUGCAGAUGUACAGGGUAUCGUCCUAUUCUAGAUGCCAUGAAGUCUUUUGUAAAGGAUUCAAACAACUGGCAACAAGGAUUCUUUGUCGAUAUUGAGGACAUAAAGCUUUGUUCCAAGACAAUGAAACUCUGUAAGCGGGGCCAUUUGAAGAUAGAUGGACGUUGUACUGGUGCAGCGAUGAACACAGCUGGCCUGCUCUUCGCAUCCAAAGCAAUAAAGUGGUACCAACCCCACUCGCUAACGGACCUGUAUCUGUUAUUGCGAGAACAUUCUGAAGAUGCUGUCAAACUUGUUCACGGAGACACUGCCAAAGGUGUUUUCAAGAAAGAUGGACCGUACAAAAUUUUCAUUGAUGUGAAAGGAAUCCCUGACCUUUACAUGGUCACAAUGGAACCAAGUGGCCUGAAAGUGUCUUCCAAUGUCAGCCUGAAUUUACUGAUUGACUAUUUGAAACAAUAUUCUGCCCAAUCACCAUCCUACAACGUUAUAGCAAGUCACCUGCUGAAAAUUGCUAACAGUCCUGUGCGAAAUGCCGGUGGAUGGGCUGGAAACUUGAUGAUGAGAUGGCAGCACCGUGAGUUUGUGUCUGACGUAUUUGUGGUCUUUGAAGCUGCCGGUGCCAGAGUGACUGUCUCAGAUGUUUCUGAUGUGAACACUUAUAAUUUAGUGGAUUUUCUCAAUGUCAACAUGCAAGGAAAGUUUCUCUUAAGCGUGGAGAUUCCAAAGCUGUUCAAGGGAGAGUCGAUGAGAUCGUAUAAGGUUAUGCCGCGAAAUCAGAAUGCCCAUACCUAUGUGAGUGCUGCAUUCCGUGCCAAAAUUAUAGUUUCAAAUAAGAAGCAAUUGGUACAAUCCAUCUCAAUGGUAUACACUGGAAUCAACAAAGACUUCAUUCAUGCUGCAGCUACUGAAAAAUUCCUGGAAGGCAAAGAUCUCAUUUCCAAUGAUACUUUACAAGGUGCCUUGGCUGUUCUUGACAAGGAACUAGUUCCUGAUGAUGCUGAUCCUCUGUUGGCCAGUGCUGCAUACAGGAAGAUAUUGGCACAAGGGCUGUUCUAUAAGUUUUACUUGUCUCUCUUGGGCAACGACAUUGUUUCGCCACGUAACCAGAGCGCGCGAUAUUCUUUGGAGCGUCCCGUAUCCACUGGAACUCAAACUUACAGCAGCAAACCAGAGGAAUAUCCUUUGACAAAGCCCAUGCCCAAACUAAGUGCUCGCCUGCAGACAUCAGGUGAAGCUCAGUACAUCGACGACUUACCUCAUCUUCCCAAUGAGCUAUUUACUGCAUUUGUCCUAAGCACGGAGGGCAAUGCAACUCUCACCGAUAUCAAUAACACAGCAGCUAUGACUAUGCCUGGUGCUGUUGCAGUGCUAACGGCAGAGGACAUCCCCGGAAACAAUACAUUUAUGCCUCCACCCAAUGUAGUUGAAGAGAUUUUCAGCAGUGGUCCGAUUCUAUACGCUGGACAGCCAGUUGCAAUGUGUGUUGCAGAUUCACAAGAACAUGCUCUACAGAUGGUGGAGAAAGUGGUGGUCACCUACCAGGAUCAGAAAGCUCCAAUUGUGAGUCUUGAUGAAGCUAUCAAGCAGAAAUCCUUCCACCCAUCACCUGGUCCCUGGAUACAGGUUGGAGAUGCUGUCAAUGCUGUUUCAGACUCUCCUUGCCAGGUUGAUGGUGAAAUCAGGGCAGGUGAACAGUAUCAUUUCUACAUGGAAACGCAGAUUUGUCGGUGUGUGCCUGCUGAAGAUGGUUUGAACAUCCAGGCAUCAAGCCAGUGGUUAACUUUACUUCAAGAGGCCGUAGCUGAUGCUGUUGGAAUGCAAGCCAAGAAUAUUAAUGUCACAGCCAAGCGGCUUGGUGGAGCGUAUGGAGGUAAAGCUACACGUGCCAACCUGGUAGCAUGUGCUGCUGCAGUAGCUGCCACUGUCCUUCACAGACCAGUCCGAUGCAAGAUGGACCUGAGCACCAACAUGCAGGCAGUUGGCAAACGGCAUGGUUAUGUAGUCAAAUACAAGGUUGGGUUUAAUAAGGACGGUACACUAAAUGGCAUUAUCAUUACUUACUACUGUAACAGUGGAAGCAGCCCCAAUGAUAAUGAAGUUGAGGAGAGCUUGAUAUUUUCCGACAAUGCCUACAGGUGUGAGAAUUGGCAGCUGAUCCCUGUAGCUUUAAAGACAAACCGUGCACCUCACACCUGGUGCAGAGCUCCAGGUUCAAAGCCCAACAUAUUUGUCAUCGAGACUGUUCUUGAACACGUGGCCAAGUUUCUAUCAAUGGAUCCAAUUAUCGUAAAGCAGAAGAACCUGUACGCUCAGGGUGACCGAACACCAAUGGGCUUUAUUCUGCCUUAUUGCAGCAUACGAGACCUGUACGCAUCUCUGUUAACAAAAGUGGACGUGGCAGGACGCAUGGAAACAAUUAAGAAGUUUAACGCCGACAACCUGUGGAAGAAGAAAGGACUGGCGGUGGUUCCUCUUAAAUACUGCAUGUACUGGAGCUGGGGAUGUUACCUGUGCACUGUUUCAGUAUUUGCCAGUGAUGGUUCAGUUAUAAUAUCACAUGGUGGAAUUGAAUCAGGUCAAGGAUUGAAUACCAAGGUUGCUCAAGUAUGUGCCUAUAUGUUGGGGAUUCCAAUUGAUACUGUCCUCAUAAAACCGACCACAACUGAUAGCAGCCCAAAUUCUGCAGCAACAGGUGGCAGUAUCACCAGUGAGCUAAACUGUAUGGGUGUACAACUUUGUUGUGACAUACUGAAGCAGAGAAUGAAGCCGGUGAAGGAUAAACUUCCUCCGGGCACCUCCUGGAAGGACCUGGUCGCUGCCUGCUAUCAAGCCAAGGUGAAUUUGACUGUACAAGAUUGGGUAUGGCCUGACCCACGGCCCGAAGGAGCUCCACAAUAUAACUCGUAUGGGGUGACUGUGGCUGAGGCUGAAGUUGACGUCCUCACAGGAGAGAACCAGAUCACCCAAGUGGAUAUACUUUUCGAUUGUGGUGAAAGCAUGAACCCUGAUGUUGAUGUUGGACAAGUCGAAGGUGCUUUUAUCAUGGGCAUGGGAUAUUGGCUAAUGGAGAAGAUGGUUUACGAUCCAAAGACUGGGGCUGUGCUGAAUGCAGGAACAUGGGAAUACAAACCACCGCUCAGCAAGUGUAUACCUGUCAGCUUCAACAUCGAGCUGCUGAAGAAUGCUCCCAACCCAAUGGGUGUUCUGCGCUCUAAGGCCAGCGGGGAACCGCCCCAGUGCAUGUCCUGUGCAACGUUAUUUGCCGUGAAGCGAGCUAUUGAGGCUGCGAGAGAGGAUACUGGACACAACACGUACUUUCCACUAGAUGGACCCGCAACUGUCGAUGUCAUCCAGACUAGCUGCCUCGUGGACUACAAAAACUUCACAAUCUGAAAACCACACAAUGAUAUGCUACCACCGAAUAAUGUUAAUAAUGUGACAUUGUUUUGUAUUUACCACUAAGCGCGAUGUCAUGCAAUAUCACCGCGAUUGCCUUACAGUCUUGUACUUCACUGUUUAAACCUAUAACAAUCGCUUGUUUGUAUCUGAACUAAUACCUCUCUGAUAAAUGCAAUUGGGGAAAGUUAAUGUCUCUUUCCAGGAUUUCCACAGAUUUCCAGUUGAAGAACUGGAAUAGACUCCGAAGAAUCCCCAUUAAGCAUCAAUGCUAUUAUUAACAAAUAAGGCUAAUCUAUUUAACAAUUUGCAGUAUAACCUUCAACCCAUGAACUUGAAAAUGAGAGCACAUACUGCAUUUAAUUUUGAUUGGAUUUGUUUAAAAUGGGAUUUUGGUGAAGCAAACCGUUUAAACAAUUCUCAAUCAUUUAAUAGGAGUCGAUUAGAACUUCAACACGAACUAUUCACUUUCAAUGGAUAAUUGAAUGAGUUUAUAUUCUUGCCAAAAGAUGGAUAUUUUAGCAUAUGAGGAAGCCAUUCAAUUUGCAGUCCCUGUGGCACCUCUUUGCCGGUUAGGAUGGCACAGUGCCACAGCAGAUAGUGUUGCUGCCUCACAGCACCAGAGACCCAGGUUUGAUCCUGACGUCGGGUGCUGUAUGUGUGGAGUUUGGGUGUUCUCCCUGUGAUUGUGUGGGUUUCCUCCGGGUGCUCCGGUUUCUACCUCCAUCCCAAAUAUGUGUGGGUUUGUAGGUUAUUGGCCUCUGGAAACUGUCUCUUAGCUUAUAAGGAGUGGGUGAGAAAAUGGAAUAACAUAGAACUAGUGUGAAUGGGAGAUCAACUUUUGACAAGGUCUCCGGAUGAAACCCACACAGGUCAUGAGGAGAACGUACAAACUCCGUACAAACAGUACCGGCAGUCAGGAUGGAAGCCGGAUCUCUGGCGCUGUAAGGCAGCAGCUCUCGCUGUGCCACUGUGCUGCCAAACUAUACUAAAAUCAAAAACUAAUUCAAAUUUAGUGUUUCAUCUCUUUGUUUCAAAUGUUUCUAUGGCUAAGAAUUCUACAGUCUAUGCAUGAGAGAUUUUUCAUAUCACUUUCAUAAAGUUCUCAACAAUUCCACCAAA